AUGAAACGUCAGCCCACCCCCAAUCACCAGCACGAAUGCAACAUCCAAAAUGCCGUCCAAAAGCCUUCGUCCAACUACCGCCCAGAUAAAUAUUUAACGAGGGCAGAAAUUUGCCGGCGAGGGCAAGCACGGGUAGACACCGCCCGCUGGGGAGCGAGGCUCAGCUCCAGCCCGCGGCGGGUCACGCCCCGUGACUCCUCGGCCGAGACCUCCCCGGGCCGGGGCCGUACCCGCCGGUGGCGGAAGCCCGGCCGCGCUCCCCGCCCUUGCCCAGGCCGUCUCAGGGCGCGCCGCCCGCCUCGUGCGGCCCGGGCCCCAGACCCAGGCCCAGAAGGCGAGCGUCCGUUUACCUGCGCCCCGGCUCUCGCCGCUGCCGCCUGCUGCCACUGCCACCACGGCCGCGCUGCUCCCCACAGCGCAGGUGAGCCGACCCCAGCACACAGCCGCGCAUGCGCACCCAGGCGCGACCCAGACCCCGGGGACUGCGGCCCCGGCACACGCGCUGGGACCGCGCACUCACCACCCGGCUUCCAGAGCCUCUGCCCCCGGAAGUUGAUUUCCGCCAAGGCCCGCCCAACUCCGCGCCUGUCACUCAACGCCCACAGGCGCGUCACGUCUGCCCAGGCCAAGCGCGAGCCCCAGGCCCCAUCUUUCGAGGCCCGCCACUCUUGGCUCCUGUGGUCGUCAGAGCGCUUCCGUGUGAAACAGGUUGACUCAGGCGCUACCUCCUGUUGGUUACAGCUUCUUGUUCACUUGAAUGACAGACCCUGA